AGUCGCCAGUACUAGAUUUACCGCCCACCGUUUGUGGAGUCAAUAUUUCCUGUCAUUUCUUUAAGCUCAAGAGACCAGUUAAAUGAUGAUAUUAUACAAAUGAUAUAUACUUAUUUCAUAUACAUAUCUAUAUAUGUAUCUGAAUUUUUUCCCUUAUUUUAAUAUUUCCGGAUUUAUAAUGAAAUCAAAGGGAGACAAUCUUCGAGAUUAAUCGUCUGCAGACACAAUCUAACAUCUGAACCAUAAAGAUUGGAGCAAGAUGGACACAGUUUUAAGUCAAAUGUUCCAUGAAAGCAGCCCAAGUUCACUACCAACACAGCUCAACAAAACUGAGAAAGAUUAUUGCCCAGUACCCAUAGCCCCCAGUUCCGAUUUUCUGCUUAGUACACAGCUAGAUCCAUUCGUGGACUUUCAACCAUCUCAGAUUUUCCGGAAUUCUCAGUAUGGAAAGACACAAAAUGGACAUGAGGAAAUCUUAAGUCAAAGUACACCGAUGGAAGAAACAAAAAUUUCACGUUUUCACUUCACAAGAAGAAAACAGCUAUUUAAAUCACCAACAAGGACACCACCAUCUAUGCAGCCUAUUGACAACACCUCACAACUGGAACCAGAAAGUGUAAUAAAAAGGGGAAACAACUUCCCUUCCUCAUCAAAUGUCCAAAACCAUGAUGCACACUUGAGAUCGACAUUUCAGGAAAGUUCAGAUCUAGAUCAGGGUUUAGCAUCAGUACAAUCAGGCCACAAUGUUCAGAUUGUAACUCCUGCUAUUUCAGCACUCAAAACAAAGUAUUGUACCCCUUCUCCUCUUGUUUUAAACCAGGGUAACAGUGCUAUCAUUAAGCUAAAGUCUGUGGAGGAAAUAGUUGAAAAAUAUAGAAACGUGUUUCCUUUUCCAUACUUUAACAUUGUACAGUCCAAAGUAUUUGAUCAGGUUUACUACAAAGACAGCCCACUUGUUGUUUGUGCACCAACGGGUGCGGGAAAGACAGUAGUCUUUGAACUGGCAAUCAUCCGUAUGCUAAUGAAGAGGAAUCAAUCAUCAGAGAACUUGAAUUUCAAAGUUGUCUAUAUGGCCCCUAUAAAAGCUUUAUGCAGUGAACGUUGUUCGGAUUGGUCAGAGAAAUUUGGUUGCUUUGGGUUGAAAUGUCAAGAGCUGACAGGAGACUCAGAACUAGAUGAUUAUUAUCACCUUCAACAAGUGAACAUCAUCUGUACAACGCCAGAAAAGUGGGAUAGCAUGACUCGGAGAUGGAGGGACAUUAAAUUCAUUGUGCAGUCAGUUGGUCUUUUCUUCAUUGAUGAGAUUCAUGUUUUAAGUGAUGCCUCCCGUGGUGCGACAAUAGAAGCAGUGAUUUCCAGAAUGAAGACCAUUCAAGCGUCCAUUAACAGAGCUACUGGAGAUGUGGGGCUUCCAGUUCCUAAACUGAGAUUUGUGGCAGUGUCUGCGACAAUCCCAAAUAUUGAAGAUAUUGCCGAGUGGCUUGGAGACAAAACACCUGCACCAUUUUUUAAUAUGGGGGACAGUGUGCGGCCUGUUCGCCUAAGGAAGGUGGUUCUGGGAUUCCCAUUUGACAAUCAAAAAGGAUCCGACUUUCAGUUUGACAUGUCAUUGAGCUACAAAUUGGCCCGGAUCAUCAACACCUACUCUGAGAACAAGCCAACACUUGUGUUUUGCUCCACAAGAAAAAGUACACAACAAGCAGCAGAACUUUUAGUGAAAGAUAUGGGAAGUACAUAUGUGAAAACUUAUUUCCAAAAACAAGCACUACAGACAUGUGCCAAUUCACUGAAGGACAAUAAAUUAAGAGAUCUUCUAGCUAGAGGAGUGGGCUAUCAUCACGCUGGUCUAGAUGCCCAAGAUAGGAAAGCUGUAGAGGAGAUAUUUUUGGAAGGUCAUCUAAUGGUACUAGUUGCCACUAGUACACUAGCAAUGGGUGUUAAUCUUCCUGCUCAUUUAGUAAUCUUGAAGUCUACGUCAUACUAUAAUCUGGGUGUUCAUGUGGAAUACUCGAAUACUCAGAUUCUACAAAUGAUUGGACGGGCUGGAAGACCACAGUUUGAUACGACAGCUACAGCAGUCAUCAUGACCAAAAACCAAACAAAGGAUAAAUAUGAAUCGUUGGUGAAUGGAACUCAGCUGAUCGAGAGUAGUUUGCACAAAAAUCUAAUCGAACACCUGAAUGCAGAAAUUGUGUUGCAUACUAUCAACGAUAUUUCCAUAGCAAUGGAGUGGAUUCGAUAUACAUUUUUGUAUAUACGUGUCAUGAAAAACCCAAAACACUAUGGCAUGCCUGUGGGUUUAGAUAAAGAGCACAUAGAAAAGAAAUUACAAGAAUUGUGUAUGAAGAACUUGAACUUGCUAAAUACUUACGGAAUGAUAACAAUGGAUGAUGAAACAAUAGAUGUGAAACCUACAGAACCUGGGAAGCUGAUGGCAAGAUAUUGCAUUGCCUUUGAGACAAUGAAGAAAUUUUCAAAACUAGGACCAUCAGAAACGAUGAGUGAACUGUUGUACGAGAUCUGUGGAUGUGAAGAGUUUAUGGAGGUACAGCUGAGGAAUAAUGAGAAAAAAACUCUCAACACCUUCAACAGGGACAAGAACAGGGUCACUGUCAGGUUUCCCCUAACAGGCAAAGUGAAGACCAAGCAAAUGAAAGUUAAUAUUUUGAUUCAAGUCACACUAGGAUGUCUUCUUUUGCAAGACUUCUCUCUGCAGCAAGACACCACCAGAAUAUUUAGGGCAGCACAAAGAAUAUCCAGAUGUUUGGUAGAAUUGAUGUGGCUCAGGGAUGAUUUUAAGUCUCUAAAGAGUGCAGCCCAACUCAUGAAAUGUCUGAAGGCCAGGCUUUGGGAAGACUCGAAAUACGUCUCAAAGCAGAUGGAUGGAAUUGGUCCUGCCCUUUCAAAUGCUCUUGUAAAUGCUGGGAUUACAACAUUUCAAAAGAUUUCAGAAACUAAUCCUAGGGAGCUAGAAUUGAUUGUCAACAGACAUCCUCCUUUUGGGAAUCAGAUGAGGGACAUGGUAUCUGGACUACCCAAAUACGAACUCACAAUUGAGCAGACUAGCAAAUACAGAGAAAACUCUGCUGAAAUUGUCGUACAUCUGGUCAUCGAUACUCCAGAGCAACAGAAUUCACGGAAGAUUUGUGCGGAAAAUCACAUGUGUGUGUUACUCAUUGGCGAUGAGGAUAACAGAGUCGUAUACAAGAGGAAAAUAAUGGAUGCACAUUUGCUGAAAGAGCAUGGUAUUACAAAGAAAUUGGAGAUAAAACGUGCAGACAAAGGACCUGAUCUGUUUAUCAACCUGAUUAGCCAAGAAUGGGUUGGACUUGAUGUGCAAAGUUCAUACACACCUUAUUACACUGGAGCAAAAAGACUCUCAAACAUUGCAAAAACAUCAGAGUUGGUAUCAAAACCCCAGACUAGUAAGCAAACAAGGACCCUGUUGUGUAGUAACACAAAUGGGAUGUGUGGUCAUCCGUGUACCAAUAAGUCCUUGUGCGGACACAAAUGUUGUAAAAAUGGGGUGACCGAGCAAGAGACUUUGAAGACUAGUAGGAAGGCUUCCAGCUCGCUGAAACCUAGACUAAUGGACUCGUACAUCAGCAACUUGAAAAACAGAGUGUCAGAAACACCCAACCUUGCAAAACGUUUGAAGACAUCUAAUUUCUCUACGUUCAGUUCAGAAUUUGACUUGGACAGAUUUGUUUAUCACCCACAAUCAACAAAAGUGCCAUCUACUCAUAGUUCAGAGAUAGAAAUACCGUUUUUCAGUGAUGCACUUCAAAAAUAUCCCAGUGUAAAUCCAAGUAAUCUGCAUGAAAAUCAAGCCAACAGAAACCUGCUCCUUUCCCCUGAUGUCCAUUGGGAAGAUUUGGAUAUGUAUAUGAAACAUCAGACUGCAGUUGAUAGUGAAUGCCUGGAUUCUGUUGACUUUACUGAAGAAAAUGAAACAGAUUUUGGAAGUUAUGGAGUACAGAGAACUGACACUUACGGAUACUGUGAAUCUGUGCCUUUUGCCCCUGCAACACCACGAUAUGGUCAAGUUGUCGCCUGGAGUAAUAGUAAUAGUACAGAGCAUAUCAGGCCAGCGUACGAAAACAUGAAUGGGCAGAGAAGAAAUAAAGACAUAAGGGGUCAAAAGCAAUCCACUCUAAAUUCACUUUUAAAUGCAGACAAGAAUAAUAAUAUGGAAGACACAAAUCAGGAGGAGGUUUGGUGUGAUGACAAGGAGAAUCAAAAGACAGUUCCAAAUAUGGACUGCAAUGUUGCUGAACGGAAUGGAAAUUGGGGUAUGAACACAAAGGACAGAGAGAACGGUUACGCAAACAGACUAAAGCCCCAUUCCCAAACAAACGCUCUUCAUACAGAGCAUUCAAACAGUAAAAACUUUCUAAGUAUUCGAAAGACACUGCAACCUGAAUCUACCUUUGCAUCCAAGAGCACUGAGGGAGCUGGGGACUGGAGUGGUAGCGACAGCGAUCUUGUAAUUAUUGAUGACACUGAUCCAAUAGAUAAUUACUCUUUGAGUUCGCUGGAUGAAGCAACAGAUUCUGCACAAGAAGACAACGGUUGUUUUUCAAUUUUGCCUACAUCAGUGUGUUGUAAGAAGUCCAAGAAGCUUAUGAAUGCUGAGCAGGAAAUGAAACAGUUUUUGUUUGGAUCGACUGGCCAUUUCCCAGUGCAUACCAAGGAGAGCAGGACCUUGUACAAUGAUAAUGAAAUGACAGCUAUAAGCAAAUGCUGUCGUAGUCAGGUCAAUAAAGAAUCAACAAGUAAUCUACCAAAAAGUGAACACUUUGGGAACCAACAAACAACCAAGGUGGGCAGCUGUACACCCUCAGUAAAGCAGUUAUCAAGUAACGGAUCACAUGCUGAUGGCACAUCUAAACAAGGUUUCUUCAGCAGCAUAUUUGAUUCUUUGUUUUAGUGUUCGCACCACGUCUGCAAGGAGAUCAUUAACAGAUGGGACAGCGAAAGUCUGCCAACAUUAUCGUAGAAAUGACAACUUUUGCAACAGUUCCAUGGCUAGAAAUUUUACAACCUGUUGCCAAAAAUGAUGUCACGAUAGUGGAAUGCGUUGCGAAAGCUGACAAUAUUCAUGAAAAAAUUAAGGAAGGAAUUCUUAUUCCUUUAACAAUUUUGAUUAUCGGGAUAAACGUAGGGAUUCUAUUUCUUGUGAUAAUUGACAAGAGAUUCCAUAAUCCGAAAGUGGCCUUCAUUUCUACACUUGGUGUGGCGGAUCUCUUCGUUGGUGUUGUGUCUGUUGGAACAUUAAUUACGAAGGCGAAUGAGAAAACAUACGAGAAAUGCUUGAUACGAAUCGGUUUCACUAUUUCAACUUGUGUAGCGUCCAUUCUCAGCUUAAUGUGCAUUGCAUUGGAAAGGUUCAUUGCAAUAACAUACUCUUUGAAGUACAAGUCUGUAGUGUCUAGGAACAGGGUCACCUUGACUAUUGCUGCCAUUUGGAUUAUUUCGGUGGCAGUAGGAUUUCUUCCUUUGAUGGGGUGGAGAAAUGACCAUUACCAACAGUAUUGUUCAUAUCUGUACGUACUGCCAGCCAAUUACAUAAUAUUUAUCACCGUGUUUGGAGCACUCGUACCUUUUAGCGUUAUGUUUAUAAUCUACAUCAAACUGUACAGAAAUGCUAGACUCCAUAUCAAACGCAUUGAAGCACUGGAAAAUAUCAUGGUUGUUGAAAGGACUCGAGGGAAUGUGGGAAUUUUACGUUUGUCGAAUCGAAGUUGGAGAUCUUUAAAAACUAUGAUUUAUGUCUUUGGUUGUGUUUUGAUUACAUGGAGCCCUUUUGUUGUUGCGUCCUUUGUACAAAUCACAGUGAGGCAAGAUAUGUGCAUCCUUAAGGACAUUGUAGGAACCCAUCUUCUGCUAAUGGGAUUUUCGAAUUCUUUUCUUAACCCGUUGAUUUACGUUCUUCGUACGAAAGAUUUUCAAGAAAAAGUCAAGGAAAAAUUUGAACGAUACAAAAUUUGCGCAAGUUACAGCCCAGGGAAUAACAAUAAUUAACAGUGCAUUGUUUACCUGCAUACAUGUAUAUUAUUUUCCAAAACGAUUAAAGGAUUAAAUACGAAACUGU